CUGGUAACAGGUGCAUGCCCAAGCCCAGGGCUCGAAGAGGAAGAAAUUGCAAGUGGACAAGGCUGUCUCAGCUUGAGCCCAGGACUUUCUAGUGAGCUACGAGUUUCCUGUGGCCCCAGCCUAGCCCGGCGCCAUGGAGAAGAUCAGCUCUUUCUUCAGCAUCAUUUGGGACACCAUCUUGACCAAACACCAACAGGGCCUCUUUAACACCAUCUGCCUGGGCAUCCUGCUGGGACUGCCACUACUAGUGGUCAUGACAUUCAUCUUCAUCUGUUGCCACUGCUGCUGGAGCCGGCCAGGCAAGAGUGGCCCACAGCCGGAGCGAAACAAAGGGAAGAAGAAAAAGAAGAAGAGGAAGGCUGAGGAAGACCUCUGGAUCUCUGCUCAGCCCAAGCUUCUCCAGAUGGAAAAGAGGCCAUCACUGCCUGUCUAGUUAGGCAGGGAGCAGAGGCGUCCUUCCUCGGGGACUAAGCCACCUUCCAAAUACACACGGGCUAGAGAGCAGCAAUGCCCAAAGUGAUGCAUUCAUGUCCACAGAGGAACUAACCAAGGGACGAACCUCAGGCUGAGCGUCCCCAUGGAGGACACCCCAGAAAGAAUAUGGACAGUUCUUGGGCACUGUCUUGGCAGCUAUGUGUCCGAUAACAAUGCUCUUUACCACAGACUCAGGCAUCUUUUCCACCUGCAUCCCGCAAGCUCCAUCCGCAAAAGUACAAGGAACAUUUGUCCAUACAUCUUGACACGUCUCCCAAAUGCACACACAUGCCCACCAUGCACACAAUAGUGCCCACACGCACACACAUAUACACACACGUGUGAAUUCAGGCAACAGGUACCUGGGCAAAUAUAUUCUGUUCAUCAAAUGGUCAUUGACAACCUACUUUGUACAAGUACAUCAUCUUCUCUCCCAAAAAUUUCUCAUAGGAAGGCCUGGCUGGAUUCGGGCACACGUGCACAAUUACAUACCCAGAUAAGGUACCUGUCCACCGUCUACUCCAUACGCCACUCAGGUUAGAGAUAUGUGUUUUCCUAUUCCUAUCCCCACACAACCUUUUACUGGAAAUCCUCGUAUUUGGGCACUCCAGCAAUAUACAACUGUAUCAGGUUGUGCAUCGACACAGACACGCCAAGUUCCUGUGUUUCUCAUAUGGGAGAAAAAGUUUCAAGUGAGGUGGAUCAAAAUCCAUUGAAAGCUGUAUCUUGCAACUCAUGACAAGGUCCCCAUCACCAUGGAUCAGUAUCGAAUGCUGUCUAAGACCUCUUUUUGAGACGCUACCCCCAGAACCACUCAGCAAGGUGCCCUUCUCCAAGCACAAACUAACAGCUCUUGGUGGUGACUUCUAGAAUGUUCUGGAAACCAAGGAUACUCCAUUCACUUCUGUGAACUGCAGUUGUGAGCCUGUGCAAUGUUUUACAGACGGGAAGGAGAUGCUACAUCUGACAGACACCUGACCUAGGGAUUUCCUAUGUAACCAAAGCUUCUCAGCAGGGAAGGAAUUGAAGCAAUAUCCGGUACAGUCUCGCGAAAGGCACACUGGAAACAAUUUCAUAAGGUUGUAAUGGAUGUGUGGCAUGUUGCAGAUGGGAUACAGAAGUUACAGAGUUUAAAUGAAAGUAGAGCGAAGCUAUAUAGAGGUUUAUUAAUAUUUAUCUUGAAGCUCAGGCAAGUGCCUUGCACACAGUAGGUACUCAGAACUGUCUGUGGAUGCUGUUGGAUACGUGAUGAUGUUGAGGGUCAACGUGUAAUACCUCGCCAAUCCCCCCGAGUGACCUUCUGUUCUGAGCCCACUAAUUGCUCCAACGGAUGGAAGUUGGGUAUUGAGUGCCUCACAGGCAUGCGCAGAACCGACAGUCAGCUUGGCCUGUGCGCCCCGAGAUCCACGACUGAGUUGAGGCGAGUGUCUCCCCACCAGGCUGAGGUUGGGAGGCCGAGUUAAUCCACAUACGUGAGGAGAUGGUUGGUAUUUUGAUUGUAUUGUGACUAUAUGACAAAGAUGGAUACUUCCCAAAUUGGAAGCGGGUUGUGCUCUGAAAGGUCACUUGCAAAUCUGCUGGGUAGCUCUCUUGAAAUAUUUUCCCACAGAAGCUGUUCUAGGAGGCAGUAAAAUUGCAAUUUAAUUAACAAUGUAGCUAAACUAUGAUAUCUAUAGUAGCAAGAAGCUAAAUUCUGCAGUAUUGUGUUCAUGGCAAAAUGUCCUCCGUUUGCUCUCUUGUGCUGCCUGGUACUCACCUGCCCUGCAGGUAUUCUCCGGGCCUGUGGGGGCAGGCAUCUCACGGUGACUGCUGCAUCCGUCUUCUAACCGGCGACCCUGUGAGGCAGAAUUCAGGCCUUCCCGUGUUUUAAAACCAGUCGCAUCCACCUUCUCACACCAGGUGGCCCCAAAUGCCCUGGCUGCUCAGACCCCCUAGUCAUAAGCCCCUUCUAGCAGAGAAAGAAGCACUCUCUGGCUGGCUGUCCCCUUGUACACGGACGCUCGUCAUGGAGCAGCUGGCUGUCCCCUUCCCAUCACAGGACGAUUGCUCAUCGCCCCACACCAAAUGCACAUGCCUCCCCACGCCCUUCCUGCCCCCCUAAGAUGGAUGACCUUGGGGAGACACGGAGCUGACGGCUGAGGCUGGGUGUCAGAUGUGAUCUAGGAGAAAGGAUCGCUCGGAUCCGGGACCACACAAGUAACAUGGUUGCCAUGGCAACUGGCUGCUAGCUUGAAUUAAGACGGCAGUCAGUCAGUUGUCAUUGCCAGGACGAGGCCUCUGUCUCCAGGUGCAGCACCCCACUGUCCCCUAAUCAAAUGGAUCUGAACUACCUCCAGGCGCGAAACACCCAGAAGCUCUCUUCUCACUUGUUUCCAUAGCCCAGGACUUAGGAGACCCAGAUGCUGAACGAGGCUUAUGUUUUCCCCACCCCCGCCGCCUCCCUGAUAGCCUUCACCAGGGUCCCCCCAACACCAUCCAGGGUGCCAUAGGCCCCCAAACUUCUGUGGAGUAAGUGGGUCCAUGAAAGGAGCCCCGUGAAGUCACUGGAGUCACUCCCUGUUCCUCCCAUCAUCCUUAUCUUCCUCUCCCAUGUUUCCUUCUCAUCUCAUUCCUGCUUCUCCCGGCAUCCCCACCCCAGGUCCACCCCUUAUUCCUCUUCACUUUUACUCCUUCUCCCCAACCAGCACAGGCUUGGGGAGGAGUCCCCGGGCCGAGAUCUGAACAACUCCAGCCAAACUCAUCCACCGUCAUCAGAGAAGGCCUCCUCCCCACUGCUCAAUGUAUUCUGGUGGCUUUUUUAUUUCUUGGGGGGGAGGGGCAGGGGAGUGGGGAAUGUAGAGAAAGGGCAGUCACCUUCUCAAGAAGAGUAUAAAUGGUCCAAGCGGUAUAGUGUUUGUCAGAACUUUUUUCUAGAAAAUUCAAACACAUGCAAAAGAAAAAUUUAUUUAAAUAAAAUAUUUGGCAGACA